ACUAAAUCCUCAUAUUCAUAUGGGCGUGCGUGUGUGUACGACCUUGACUUAUUCCACUGUGACACCAAUCAUUGUCUCAAAACCAGUGGCUGUGUCAUUAAAUUUCUCUCAUUUUCAACAUCAUCAGUGUCAGUCUGUACAGAGGUUAUCUGGACGUGGAAAAGGAAGAUGGUUCGUGAACGAUUUAUUUCGUGGCCCUGUGUUCUGAUAUUUUUACUUCCGUUUUGUCAAACGGUUGACAUAGAUUGCCAAGAUUAUGAUUCAUUUGCUUCCUUGGGUUGUACUGAAGGCCCAACAACACAGAAAGACACUACUCAAGGGAUCUCAUCUACUCUAUCUCCGAUAUCUACAACUAUCAGCUCUUUAGGCCAAACAUCACAGGAAGACACUACUCAAGGGAUCUCAUCUACUCUAUCUCCGGUAUAUACAACUAUCAGCUCUUUAGGCCAAACAUCACAGGAAGACACUACUCAAGGGAUCUCAUCUACUCUAUCUCCGGUUUCUACAACUAUCAGCUCUUUAGGCCAAACAUCACAGGAAGACACUACUCAAGGGAUCUCAUCUACUCUAUCUCCGGUAUAUACAACUAUCAGCUCUUUAGUUACAACUCACUCACCAAUCGAAGAAGAAGUUAAUAAGAUAGUGAAUACAAAUAUCACGAUGGCCAAUAUAGAAGUUAUAUCUGAUGAAUUAGUGAAUGUAACAGAGAAAUCGACGACAUUUGAUGAGGAGCUCCUGGAAUCGGUCACCGACAAAUUGAGAAGCAUCGUUGGAUUUGCAUCGGAGCAGAACUUAACAGAAGAUGUCAUUUUACAAGUCUCCGAGAGCGUGAUAGGAGCGGUGGAUAAUAUCUUGAACAUCCCAGAGAGUACCUUCGAGACAACGAGCUCCAAGCAGGUCUCAAACGAAAUACUGACUACAAUCUCCAUAUUGACUGAAGUCAUUCAAAAGACAUCCACUAACAACUUCACCUACAGUGGAUCAAAUAUUAUACUAGCAGUCGUCAAAGUUGAUAGGACGAGUUUUCCACUCAGAACUGCCAUAGGUGGAGCCGGGAAUGACGUCAUCGAUAUUUCAACCGAUGAAGGAACUAUGUCUAAUAUGGCGGACGUAGCAUAUGUUACUUUACCAUCUGCAAUUCUACCUUUAGUGCCAGAUGACAGUAAGGCAAUACCCGUCAGUGUCUUUCUAGUAAACUCGCCCAAACUGUUUCAGGGUGACAGACCAUCUUCAUCAAGUAUUCCAUCGUCUAGAGACAAGCAGAAUCAGCAGCCAAAGAUCACCGUUGUCGCUUCUCCUAUCUUAACUGUGACCAUUGAGGGAACUGAUAUCAAAGACCUCCCUGAUAAUGAAUCAAUUACCUUUGUGUUUCCUGUGAAUCAGAGUUCGGCGGAAAAAUACAAUGGCACCAACCUUCCAGCGCGCUGUGUGUUUUGGGACAUCACCUUGGAAGAAUGGUCUGACGAAGGGUGUAAAAUCGACAAAACUACCUUUACAGACAUGGUGGCCUGUCGGUGUAAUCAUCUCACAAGCUUCGCUGUUCUUUUGGAUAUCAAGGGAAGUCUUAAAUCUCAAGUUAUUGAUCUGAUCAGUCGCAUCGGUUGCAUUGCUUCAAUUGUGUGUCUGUCUUUGACCAUUAGCAUUCUUCUGGGUUUUAGAAAACUGCGUGGAAAACGACCACAACAGAUCAUCGUUAAUCUCUGUUUCGCUUUGCUAUGUUUAUACGUCAUUUUCGUCAUCGGUAUUGACCGACCGACCUGGAGGAUCAGCUGUACUGUGGUUGCUAUCCUAUUGCAUUACUUCUGCCUUGCAUCGCUUGCUUGGAUGGGUGUAGAAGCCUUCAGCAUGUACAUGUCAUUCGUCAGGGUUAUGGACACCUACAUACCCAAGUUACUCCUUAAAUGUUGUCUCGUCGGAUGGGGCAUUCCGUUCAUGGUCGUCAUAGCAACAGUUGCCAGCAAAUGGACAGCGUACCAAAACUCUGAAUACUGCUUCCUUUUACCCGGACCUUCUUUAUAUUUUGGACUGAUUCUGCCAAUCGGUCUGAUCCUCACCUGUAAUUGCAUCACCUUUACAAUUGUUAUCUAUAAGCUAACCUGUGGUAGGAAGACUUUCUCCGCCACCAGUACAAGGCUGUCCAAGAAAGAAAGGGGAGCCAAAACCCGGAUCGAAACCAUUCGCCGGGCACAAAAUGCUGUGGCAAUCGGCACGCUGCUCGGUCUCACUUGGGUCUUUGGUUUCCUGGCUGUAGGUGAUGGUCGCAUGGUAUUCGGUGCCCUCUUCGCAUUCUUGAAUUCUCUCCAGGGAGUCUUUGUCUUCCUCCUCUUUGGCAUCAGGCAACCUGAAGUGAAAGAAAAACUAAGGGCGACUCGGAUGCGACUGUUGCAGAGUGUAAGGUCUGCGCGUAGAGGUUCAGACUUUUGGACCUCAUCGAGUGAAGCGCGCAUGGAUUCACGACCCUCUGACGUCACGAUUAUCCAAAUGGAAAAAAAACACUAGCUUUACUGAACCACUGCCUUCAAUGUGCCCCGGAAGACAAGCGGUUAUAAUCGUUACUUCCGGGUCGAAACAUGAUGUUUUGUAGAAUGUAGCAGUUUAGUCUUGUUAAAAAAAAUUGUACAAUAAAGUCUUCUACUAACUACUACUAGUACUAUUAC